AUGCAUCGCUCCUGGAGGAGGGUCGCUCAGUUCGGUGAAUUGUUUGUUGGACAACGAGUAGCGAGUGAACUUGUCACAUCCGACCUGAUCAUACUGGACAAUGUAGAUGUUGUCAUGGCCAUCGAAGCAACUGGCGACAAAACUAUUGCCAUUGUCAGUAUUGACAAGCAUCUCAGUGGCCAGCGUCUGGACGUUGAAUGA